AUUCUAAAUCUUGAGAAUCAAUAUUUUAACUGAUAAUAUAAUAACAAUGUUAAUAGCGUUGACCAGCGGCGUUCGGCCUAUCCGGUUCGUCUGGGCUACAACGCGAUCAAACGACCGUAUAUUGUGGCAAUCUUCCGCCUGGUUCUCAACACAUCGUCUCUUCCGUAUCAGAAGAUAUAUAAAAGAAGAACUGGACAAGGGCUCUUUGAAUGAAAAUACGCUAAGAGAAGCUAACAGGAUUGAUCCCAGACUGACGGUUAAUGCAGUGGAAGCACAUUAUCCUGAUGGAUUCCCUAAAAGUGAAGGUAUUUUGAGGGAAUACCUAAAGGCACUCAUGUUAACUAAUAGAUUUGAUUCUCGUAGCUUGAAACCAUUAAUUAUACCGAAGUAUAUGUCCAAUGUUGCAGUGUCAAAAGGUCUCCCUCAUCCGCGCACUAAUCAAAUUGAUCAUUACGGAGAUACACAGGCUUCCUCAAAUAAGUAUGAUGAAUCAUCAGAACCAAAUGGAUUGAAUUCAUUGGGAAACGGGAAAUUAUAUGUUAAUUCAGACCCCAAGAAUCCAGUACACGUAGUCGUUACGCCAGCAGCUAGCAGUAAAUUCAUGCGUUUUUUCAAAGGGCUGUUGUCAUUCGGCUCUAUCGCAUUUUGUUUUGGAUCUUUGUAUCUAUUAUUGAACCAAAAUCUACAAAGAGGGUUGAAACACAGUUUUAAGGUUGUAGAUCCUGAGGAUGUAGAUACAACAUUUGCAGAUGUGAAGGGAUGUGACGAAGUUAAAAGGGAGUUGGAUGAUGUAGUAGACUAUCUAAAGAAUCCAGAGAAAUUCGAAAGACUAGGAGCUAAGCUCCCUAAAGGCAUAUUGUUGUCAGGACCACCUGGUACCGGUAAGACCCUCCUGGCAAGAGCCAUUGCUGGAGAGGCUGGAGUUCCAUUUAUACAAGCUUCUGGAUCGGAAUUUGAGGAGAUGUUUGUUGGUGUAGGGGCUAGGCGCAUCCGUGAGUUGUUUGCGUUAGCUAGGACAAUGACUCCUUGCAUCGUAUUUAUUGAUGAACUAGAUGCAUUAGGUUCUAAACGUUCAUCCACCGAUCACAACAGCGUUAGAAUGACGUUGAACCAAUUGUUAGUUGAAUUAGAUGGCUUCUCUAAGCGUGAGGGUGUAGUAGUUCUUUGUGCAACCAAUUUCCCGGAGUCACUCGAUCCAGCGUUGGUUAGACCAGGCCGCCUAGAUAGGACUAUACAUAUUCCAUUGCCAGAUUACAAUGGACGUUACGAUAUUCUGAAGCUUUACAGUAAGAAGAUACUGGUCUCACCAGAUGUUGAUCUGGCAACGAUCGCCAAACGUACUGUAGGGAUGACAGGUGCUGAUAUAUUUAAUAUUCUUAACAUGGCAGCUCUUAAAUGCUCCAUACAGGGUCUAGCUUCGGUGACACCAUCUGCUAUAGAAGAAGCCUUUGAUAGGGUUGUUGUAGGCCUAAAAGGUAAACCUUUAACAAAUGAGCGUGAGAGGAAGGCGACAGCGUAUCAUGAAGGUGGGCACACGUUAGUCAGUAUACAUACGCCGGGAGCUACACAAGUGCACAAAGCGACUAUUGCACCUCGUGGUCGUACCCUUGGUGUAACGUGGAAGAUCCCAGAGGAAAAGUCGGAUACGCGAAUGUCUGAGUUGCACGCAGAAAUAGCAGUCUUGAUGGGUGGCAUGGCAGCUGAAGAAGUUAUAUACGGUAAGGAAAAUGUAUCGACAGGCUGUCAGAGCGACUUGGAAAAGGCUGCUGAUAUUGCGAGGACAAUGGUCAUGAACUUCGGAGUUGGAAUGGAUGAUGUCAGUGGCCCUAUGUUCUUGGAUCACAAAGAUUAUGCCAAACUAAGUGAGGAACACCGUAAGCGCGUUGACACUGCAGUACAAAAGAUACUUAAUGCUGGUUAUCGUCAAGCAUCCAGUGUUAUUCGUGGAAAUUUGGUACAGUUGCACAAUCUUUCAGAUGCACUUGUGCAAUAUGAAACUCUUAGCGCCGAUGAAAUAAAACAUGCAAUACGUGGUGAAAUGAAAGAUAUUGAACAAAUACGUCAAGCACAAUUGUCGGAAAUACGAGCGCAAAACAAAAGGUACUCCCAUUCUCAGCAUGGGAAUAACGACCUCUUGCCAGAAACUCAGCACUCUUACCGCACUUAAAAUGGUGCAUAUUGCAUCGGUAAAAAGGCAUUA